AUGGUCCGUUCAACCUUGGUGGUGGCUGUGCUGAUGUUGGUGCUUCCAACAACGGCACACCGGAAUAACGAUGACAUCUUCGCCAUAGAGGGCGGGGAUUCAGAAUCUCGCGAUCUACAGUGGGAGCUGGAGAACUGGCUCGGUGGUGGCUCGGGGGGCUUGGGGCUGAGCCAUUCGGAAGCCAGGUCGUGGGCAACGAAGGAGUGGUGGUACAUGGAGACUUGUGGCGCUUCGAUUUCGUAUCUCAAGCAACUCUACUCGGUGCUCACCCACCGGUUCGCGAUCCCCUACACUCGGAACGAAGCCAUUGGGCUGAUGUUUGCCUACGCGACGAAGCAGCUUGACCCAGACCAGCUCUACGCGAUGUACCACGUUCUGGCAGGCAGCCACCUCGGUGGGCAGAAGGCCCGUGCGCGAGCCGCAGAGCUUCUAGAGCAGGGUGCCUCCCCCACCGAGCUCAGCAAUCUUUACAGGGUUUUGAAAACGUGGCUUCCGGAUCGGGAGGCUCAAGACACCGCAAUGGAGGCGGCCGCUGCCGGCUGUGAAGCUGAGAAGUUCGCGCGGACGAGGGUCGUCUCUGAGGCAGUCACGGCCUCCUUCGACAAUCAGGCUUUCCGCUACGCGGAGGAUGGUAAGUACUACACGGCUUCGGAAUUCAAGGACUACUUUGGGAGCAACUGGAUGGCGAAGUGGAGGGCAAGCCCAGUGGCGCAGAAGGUGGCGAGGGAUGGCAGGGCGUACUCUGUUUCACAGUUCCAUGACUACUUCAAGGGAGGUUGGUUGUCCUACUGGCAUGAGGCAAGGUGGGCAACACAAAGGCGAAUUGCGGAGGACGGAAGGAUCUACACCAUGGCCGAGUAUGUCAGCUACUUCGGAUCCCAGUGGCAGCAGAAGUGGGCCAAAGCACCAGUGGCACUUUGCAAAGAGUGCACAGCGGCCAGCCACCCCUGA